UGAAGUUUGUUCUGUACUUUGUUCUUUUCCAGGUCUUUUGAGAACUAUAAGAAGACUUUUUCUGCUUCAGAAAGGGUACUUUUCUCCCGUGUUCUAUGUUUAUAUACUUCUGGAAUAUUUAUUAACUGAAUGGAAACUUUCCAGAACUCUGCAGGAAUAUGUGCAAUUUGUCCAUCGUUUCUGGAUUUCCAGCAGUAUUCUCAAUGAAUAGAAGUCCUUUAUGCCUUUCUCCUCUCUGAUCUAGACAUCUUGGGGUGGAUGAUGUAUUGAUGUUGAUGGACAAUCAGUUUACAGUAAUCUCUUAUGAUGCUUUUUUUAUGGCUUUCUGAAUUAUAAGUGACAUGCUGGUGAAACUGAACAGCUGAUCUCCAGAUACUGUUACAGUAUGAAGCAUGGCUUCUGAGGCUGCUCAAAGUUUUCUUCAGCUGCUCUCUUGGUUGUCUCAAAUAUAUGAAGCUAUCCAACAAGCAGGAGACUCAAUAUCUGCUUCACUGCUGAAUUUGAGUGGAGUGGGUCGUGAGUCAGAAGAAGACAGAAACCAGGGCUUGGAGGACAAUGGAGGAGCUUAUGAGGAUUAUUCUGUGGAAUCAGAAGAUGAAAGACACAUAGACCUGUGGGAUGAGGAAUACGUAUGCCCUAGAGAAGAUGGCCACGUUGCAGGUCGUGGUCUUGCUUCACAGGACCUCCCUUGUGGCUCUUACGGGAGUCUGCAGAGGCAAAAAUGGGUUAAAAAUACCACCAGGUUACCUGGGCAGAGUGUUGAAAGCACCAGGCCUUUGGCUGCCAAUGGAUCACACUGGAUGAAAGAAGGUCUCCAGCCACUUCCUGCCAUCAUCUCUGAAGAUGAAAGUGAGCCCUCAGUGAGGAUGAGAGGCCGUGAAAACAGCUUCAGCAUGGAUGACUCUUUAGAAAUUAAUAAAGGCAAGGCAAGUUUUGCAGAUCUGGAUGGACUAAGCCAGCUGAGUUACCAAGACAACCUAUCCUGUCGUGAAGAUGACCACGUAUCUGUUGACUCAAGAACAAUGGAGUGCAGGAGUGCUGGGCAGCAUACAGGGCCCAGGAUGGAGUCCAGCACUGCUGACGGCAUUAGCCAGCAAGCUGCGGAAGGACGUUUGGAAUUGGAGGCAGCAUUUACCAACCAGGGAUUUGAAGGAAAUGAUGCUACUGACAGCUCAUCAGCUUGGAGCCCUGAGGAGACUGAUGAGGUGAACAGCGAACCAGCUCAUCACAGUGCUCAUCAGCCCGUUUGUAAAUGUGGUGAUCUAGAUGUCAUCUUCAGUUAUAAAGCCUCAAGUCAAAAGCUAAUAGUUACUGUCUUGGAGGCCAGGGGCAUCCCAGACAAAGACCGCAGUGGUGUGAACACUUGGCAAGUGCACACAGUCUUGAUGCCUAGCAAAAAACAGAGGGGUAAGACAAGUGUUCAGAGAGGACCCAUCCCCACGUUCAAGGAUAAUAUUACCUUUAGUAAGCUGGAGCCACAUGAGUUAAGUGGCCACGCCAUCCGUUUCCGCCUCUACGCUGUGCACAAGAUGAUUGGAGAGAAGAUGAUGGGAGAGCAAUUGUUCUACUUGAGCAACAUCAGCCAGGAAAGGGAAGUGAAGGUGACACUGGUCUUGGAGCCAAGGAGUAAUUUGACCAGUGCAGACUCUCAGCUUAGUCUGUCAGCAAUCUCUCACAGUGAUAGCGCUUCUUCAACACAGUCCCUGUCGCAUGGAGGGGUGCCAGAGCUGCUCGUGGGCUUGUCGUACAAUGCCACUACGGGGCGGCUGUCAGUGGAGAUGAUCAAAGGCAGCCAUUUCCGAAACCUCGCAAUUAAUAGGCCACCUGAUACCUAUGGAAAGCUUUGCCUGCUCAACUCUGUGGGCCAGGAGAUGUCUCGCUGCAAGACCUCCAUCCGUCGAGGGCAGCCCAACCCCGUCUACAAGGAAACUUUCAUCUUCCAGGUUGCCCUCUUCCAGCUCUCCGAUGUCACACUAAUGAUCUCCAUAUACAACAAACGCAGCAUGAAGCGCAAAGAGAUGAUCGGCUGGAUCUCCAUGGGGCAGAACAGCAGCGGAGAAGAAGAGCAAAGUCACUGGCAGGAGAUGAAGGAGUCAAAGGGGCUGCAGGUCUGCAGGUGGCACACACUGCUGGAGUCCUAAUGGUAACCAGGGCAGCCUGUACAUCCUGGGACCAUGGGCUGUCUUCCCUCAUUCUCAGUCACAGGAAGCAGCUGUCCCAUGGCACGCACUGUGCUCUGACUGGUCAUGGACCCUUUAACCUGACUUUUCAGUAUCUUCUGUCAGGCAUUGAAAGUGACAAGGCCUGGGAAGCAAGUUUAGUUCUUGUCUUUCCAGGUUGCCCCACGUUUUCCACACCCAAAUAAUUAACCUUAGGAAAAGCAGUGGGCAAACCUACGAGAUCCUCUCUUUGGUCCUCAUCUUGCUCAUUUUAUCGUAUGUCUGAUCAUCACAGUUUAAUUUUCAUGCUGUUUUCUUCUGGAGUAAAUUCUCUGAUCCCUCCCUUAUUUAUAUUAAUGAAGUUUGCAAAUAUUCUUGACACGCAGAUAGCUCACAGAUAGGCUAAGCUGCAUGCAAAUCACAUUUUCUCUCUUUUAUUAUCAUAUUUUUUAAAUCCUAGAAAUGAACAUUCGGUACCAUUAUAGACUGGAUUUUUCAGGCAGCAUGGGAAAGCACUGUUGAAUUCUCUGUCAACUUUAAAGUGCCUAGGCAUUAUUACUGUUUCUGAUACUAUCUGAUAGUGUUUAUUUGAACUUAAUACUGCCAGUAUUCUUAAUUAGGCAUCCUGUGCACUUGUUAGCCUCUAUUGCCACAGAGAUUGCAUGAAGGAUAACUAAUAGCAGUUUUAUAUCGUGACUAUACAAUGCAUGUUUGGAUGCUUACUUGAAGUUCAAGGCUUCUGUCAUCAUGAAUACCAAAAAACAAAGACCAGAACAAGCUGCACGUCCACCUUUGUGCCUGAAUCGCUCUCUGCGUCAUUGUUUUGAACAUGUGUUAUUUUGUUCUGUAAAAGUGAGUUUCAUUCAGAAAAGCAUUUCUGUGAGCAUUAUACAGAAAGGCUUUUGAUCCAUGAUUUCUCUGUUGUUCAGUUAAGCACAACUCAAGUUUGCUGAGGGCUCUUGUUCAAAUGAGCUAUCUGUAGUAUCUUUGGGGGCUGGAAAGAGGACCAUUUUUGGCAUGUUGAGCAGUAAAGAAUGCCAGGCCGAGCCACCUCAUCUUUGGAGCAGACUCUCCUACAAGAAUAAGUAGGAUAGGAUCCAGGGCACCCCUCCUAGAGGGGCUGCUUGCAGGGAGCAGGCUCGCUGGAUGAAGUGAUGACAUUUUUAUGUAGUUACUUUUUGGACCAUUUUGUCAUUUUCUGUGUUACUCAUUUUUCCCAUCUCCAUGAGUUAAAGUUGUAGAGUCAGUGGUUAGGGAAGAAGUCUUCAUCUGCUUGACUACUGAAUGUUGAGUUGUCAUUAGCUGUUGGAAAACUGCAUGUGACACAGUGGAGGAUUCUCUUGGGCAGUGAUGGUGUGUAGACAGAAAGGUGCCAGGAUAUUCACAUACCAUCAGCUGCCUCAUUUUGAUUCCCUGAGCUCUUUAGAAGAGGACCAGCAUUUCUUAUUCCUUCUGAUGAUAGGAAGGAAAUACUUUGCUGAAAAGGUUUCUCUGUUCUGAAUCGCCUCAUGUUUUGUUUUUGUCAUUUACUAGCCUGGCACCAAAUUCUGCCUCCUGCACUGCAGCUGUCUCCUUCCAUUCAAUGGUGCUGUGCAAGUUUCAGCACUGGCUGUUUAACCAAAAUUGAGCCUGGGUGCUGGUUUGCAUCACACCCAGGCUAGCAAUCACCCAGUGGGCAGUGGUGUGGUAGAUGCAGGUUAUCACUUGGCGUAAUACACACAGGCUUUGUCUUUCCUCACGAGGCAGUCCAACAAGUGAGGAUAAUCUGUCUGAAGAAGGACUUCUGGUGUGGGUGAGACAAACCUUAUAGAUCGUGGCUUUGUAUGUUCUUACACUUACCUGAGCAUCAUUUUCCAGUGAGACUGGUGGCCAUCCUAUGCAGGAGGAUUGUCCUCCACCACCUAGAUAAGCUGGCACAAUACCUGCUUUGCACGACUGGAGCUUUGAAUCACAAAUCAGGAUCUAACCCAAAUAGAACGACAUUUUUGACUGCACUGUUAAUUCUGCCGUGUUACCAAUAGGAGAGAUAACAAGCAUGUGAGUGGUAAUAAGCAAAACAGGUCUGAAUGUGGCUUUUUUACCAUAUAUUUUUCUUCUGGAAAAAGUACAGAAAACAGACCAAAUCAAAGGGUGCGUUUGCUGAUUUCAGUUGUUUUCCAGUCUCUGCCUUUUUUUCCUAAACUGCAUAAAAUGUAUAUACAAGUGUUUAUAAGUAAUUUUAUUAUCUGAGAUGUGUAUGUAUAAUAAACUUAUUCAGAUUCUCAUAGUAUCUUCCUGAACCUGUGAAGUGUUGCUUAUGGUUAAUUUAAUGAUUAGCUAAGGGAAAGGUAUAAAUUGGUAGUAUGUUUCACAAGUGAACUGGAGAUAACCCAGAUUUAUAAUUGUGUGAUUAAAAAGAAUUAUUGGAAAGGCUAGUUUUAAAAAGCAAUGAAGUGGACUAAUUUUGGGCUUGCGUGCUGUUUUCAUAUCUAGAUCUUUUCUGAAGAUGCAGCAGAAGCUGAAUUGAGUUUUAAGGUAUAUUUCCACCAUGGAGUAUUAGGAGGCAGAAGAAAGCAAGAGACAACAGCAUACAUAAGAGUCUGUUAAUAUCUAAGCACAUGUUAAAACUGGGCUCUCAGAUGGAAGCAGCUUCCUGCAUCAUUGCAAUAAUGUUUUGACCUGAUGUUUUACAAGAAAAAAUUGGAGGGACGGAGGAAAGGAUGAGGUGAAGGGGAGCAUUGUUUGGAGCUGCUGCUAAAGCAGUUGGCACAUCCAUGCCUCGAGCAGUACAUCUGCAAAGUUCAUUACAUUCCUACUGGAGCACAGAGGAUUUUAUGAAUCUUGGGAUGAACAGUGUUGAGGGUGCUCGUGUUUGCUAGCUGUAUUUUGGGACUUUUGUUGGUUUUCUGGUUCAUUUUUCUUUACAGUACUGACUAUCUGUGAAAUGAAGAAGGCUUAGCUGCAGCUCCCCUUUAUUUCAGAGCUCCCAUAAUUCUUUUUAUAGACAGAUUGAAUUAGUUAUUGCUAACAUUGAUACACGCCGGCCUUGUGCUCCUGAUGUUUCUCAUGUAAAUACCACUGCCCUUUCAGUCACUGCUAUAACCCCUCGUUUCCUUUAGAAGUGGCUGAGAAGCCUGAAUUUCCAGACACGCUUCCAUCCCUUGGGAGUCUUGCCUCACACUUAGCUCUCCAUAAGCGAUGGCCACUGGAGCUGGGCCUUGUGCCCUGCUGCCCUCCAUCCCCAUGAGGCUCCAUGAGGUGAGCAGCUGACCUGCUUCUGGGAAUGCCUGGGCACUUGCAUGGCCUGACUACGCAGGCUUCCUAAUGGGUGUUUUCUAAGACAGUUUAUCUCCUUUUGACAUCACUGUGUGGAAUCCCCUAAGAGGUUAUUUGGAUUUUCUUCUCUAGACGGGGAAAAAAAGAAAAAAGUUCCAAAACCACAAAACCGUUGUGUGGGAAGGAACUAACUGCACUGGCUUAAACCCAGAAUGCUGUGGGCAAAGUGCUCUGGAUCCAUCUCUAUCUCGAGCAGUGUCGCUCAGCUAGCUGCAGUCUGUUCCUUCCUUGGUCUCUCUCCAGCAGCACAUCCCUGUCCCGCUAGGCUCUCUGCUGUUAUUUUAUUUCUUGUUUUUAAUGUGUAUUGACAACAGAACAGAAUGAUCUCACCGCGUUUGUAUUCUCUGCAAUAAUGCCGACUUUCAACUGAUGCCCACAGAACCGAGUACCUCUUUUAGCCCGCUGUGCUGCAGCGAUAGCUGACUGACGUGCCUGUUUGUGAAGGCUUUCUCUGGACGGUCUGCUGCACGAUUUGAUUAGUUUGGGUUUCCUUUCUACUUCUGGCUUUAAUUACUCGGGCCCUGCUGUGCACAGCUCCUUUGCAAGGUGAUGUGGCUGUGCGGUUCCUGGGGCAUGGAGGGCAAUGGGUGGAGGUAGGGAACCUGCUUUGGCAGGGGGUCGGACUGCACGAUGCCCAGAGGUCCCUUCCAACCCCUACGAUUCUGGGGUUCUAUGAGGUAAUUUGGUGUUUUUAAUGGCUGCAGCGCCCGAGGAGUUACUUGGUGCUUUGUGUAACUGAUUGAUCUUCAGUCAUGAAUGCCUUCAGAUGUUCUUAGACUUGCAGAACCGUAGGCUGCCAGCUGCUAUCGAUCAUCUCUCCAGCACACGGCCCAAGGUGGCUGCUUGGCAGAGGAGGCCUUUCCUCUGGUGGCAGCUCGUUUCUCCUUCAGCUGAAGCUGGCUCUGGCCUUGGAGCUCACGUGCCUGCAGAGCUUUCCUCACUCCCGUAUUUAGCAUCAUGUUUAAUCUGUAUGAUCACCGCACUUCGUCUCCCUGCCUCUCAGCUGCCUCCUGCCUUUCGCACAAAUUGGGGCCAUAAAGGCUGAGCGAGGCCUUGUGGCUGUGUCCUGAGGUGCUUGCCCCCAAGGCCUCCACGCUUAUGAAGUGGGAACGGUGCUGGUUGGGUUGCGAUGCUUUAAUGUUUACAAGGUUGUGACACCCUUUCAGCUCCGUGUGGACAGAGCUAAGGGUGGAGGAAACAGCCUCUUCUGUUUGGUUCCUUCUAGUUUUUUUUUUGUGUUCUGUAAAAGGACAGCAGAGCCUGAAGAAAUUAGUAUGCAGGAACAUCCGCUUUCCCUUUAAAAUGUACUGAGUGUGAUGUUUGCUACUAUGGUUUGAGGGGAAGAAAAAGCAGCCAGGGUUUGUAGAAGAGCUUGCUCUUUGAGGGAGGCAGGAUUUUCCCUGCAGCGAGAGCUACCCACCGGAACGUUCUCGUACCUCAGGCAGCGAUGUUGGCAUCCAGCUGAUCUUCUUCAGUGAUAAAUGCAGCCAGAAGCUGACAGGUCUUACAGCUUGGAAAGAAAUACAGGAUAACUCCGUGUAGCUGAUGUGGGCUUUUAUUGGGAACCUGGUGCAGAUUUAGCAGGCGGUUGUGCAAGGAGUGAAAGCCCCCAGUGGUGGUCAGGAUGGUGGUGGAGAGGGAAGGCUGAGUGCUCACACUGGUGCCAAGAUGUGGGUUUGCUGUUUCACAUUUCCCACCUCAGUUCCUUAGUUCCAGAACUGCUGAAGGCAUACAGCACUUUCUUUUUUUUUCUACUUUUUUUUUUUUCUCCCCAGCACAGAGUGAGCUCGUGCCUUCCCGCAGCCUACACUGUAGAUCUUAAGAAAUGAAUGUGUAAAUAUUUUGUCUCUCACAGCAGCCCAAGGUCAUCUUUCUGGAACAGCAAACAGGCACAGAAUCCAAAGAAGAUCAGUCCGUCAUGUGAGUAAGGUUAGCAUCUGCACUUACAAAUGACAAAGGCUAUUAAUCCUCAUGCUGUAAUCCCCAAGCUGUUUGCCAGCUGGCAGCAGGAAGAUGUUCCUGCUCAGCCCACACAGCUAUCCAUGUUUUUUCACCUUUGUGAAGCAGAUAUAGGUCAAUGCUGUACCCUGGAUAAAGAACUUGGUAGGCAUCAUUCAUCUCUUCUGUGUUCCAGUCUCUCUCUUCUCCAUGCAAACCACCUGUCUGGAUUGGGAUGCGGCAGGAAUGCUGCAGACUUUGCCCCCACCCCCCAGAAUAGGAGGCUGAAGGUCAGGCUGUUUCCCCUGUGCUCCUACAUGGGAGGAAAAAUCAGGGAAUACCCAGCAGUUGGGUAUGGCAGGUAAAAGUUCAGCAUGAGAUUUUCAAUCAUCAUCUGGGGACCAGUGGUGAAUUUGGGUCCUGCCUGCCAUGGGGACAUACCCAACCACAAUCCUGCUGCUGGUGAGAUGGGAGGAAGGCUGAUGCAGGUGGGCCGUGGUGCUUAGUACCACCUUGCUGACAGGGUGACCAUGUUGUUGUGCAAUGCUGAGCAUUUGGCAGCUGAGGCUGGAAAAUUUCGGAAUGAGACCUGAAAGCCAGAUGGAGACCCACUGUUGCACAUCUCUUUAGAAAAUCUGAAAACAGAGUCUUGGGUCUUACUGAACAAAAUUGUGGUUUGGUAGAAAUUACAUCUCCCAGGGCAGCUACAGGUACAAGGAGGUGCAGAUGUGGCCUGGCUCCUGCAUUUCCUGCUGGCUGCAAGAGAUGAGUGUCACCCAGAUACUAAAUGCUCUGGAGGCGUCCCCUAUAACUGCAUACCCAGUGUGGGCUGGUCUUGUUGAGGAACAAGAGACAAAAGCUGCUGUAGCCAUGGGAGAAGGGCAGGGAGGAUUCAAGAUUCAGACAAAAGUUGAAUUCCUUGCUGAGUCCACUACCAUUAAUUACCCUUGACCUCCAGGGAAGGCGUUUUAUUGCACGUCUCCAUUUCUCAGGCUGAUGAGAACAUCACAAAUUUCUCAUUAGCAGCUGGGAAAAAAUCAUAUAAUUCUGCCUGUUUUCCUCAUCCCAGUUGUUUUGUUAGCACUUUCCAGGUGCUUUUGUUUCACACCAUCUCCCAUCCUUUCAUUAAUAUCUGCAGAGAUCCACUCUGAGUCAGGGCCAUGCCUGGCAGCAAUAUCUUCUGUUCAUGGUGCUCAGGACAAAACCUGUUCUCCGGUCUCUUGCUGUCACUGUGUGGCAUCUCAAGCACAAGGUUUCCAAUUAAACCAGUCCCACCUCCUUUCUAUUGGCCUCUGCUGGCACAGCUGUGGGUGUCCUGCUGGGCUCUAUUCUCUGCUAUGACUUUUUCCCAGCAGAAUUUUGCCUUCUGUUUGUCGUGAAGAGUAAGUGACAUAUUCAUUUGGUUUAAAUACUACAUGGCAUUUAUACAUGUGUAUAUAAAAAUGUUUUUUAUACUCUUGUGCCCCCAAGGCCUUUGCAUGGAAGCACGGUUCGAUGUAUAUUUGACUGUUGAUGUAAGCAUACUGUACUAAAUAAGUCAUUCUUUAGUGCAUAUUGGCUUCUUUCUCUCCUGGAAGAGCACACCAUUUCUGGCAGGGUAAGUUUUCAUGUCUUACUGUUGCGUUUCCCACUGGGCUCUGCAGGUGCUCCAGUUGAGGUGCGCACAUUCUCCCACACAUCCCAGGACAUGGUAUAACACUUCAUGUCCACAGCAAGGCUUGUGGGGCUUGAAUUUGUUGUUCAAUUAUAAGUAUGUCAAUGGAAGGAGAAUCGUUCAUAUUCUGAUGGCUAUACAAAACAAAUUCAUAUCGCCUUUUCACUUCUGUAAAGGUUCAAAGAUUGCACUGAAAAAUGGUACCUUCUGUCUAGCUAAUAAAGGACUGGAACUGACUGGUGUGGCAACUGGAAUGGUAUCAGCAUCGUUUCACUUGCUAUGUGUGAUUGAAAGAGAGGAGCUGAAGUGCAAAACUGAUUUUAAAAAAAGGAUGAAAAAUACGAUGAAAAGAUGUUUGGAUAUUCAACAGGAAGAGUGAUAUGGGUUUAUUCUUAGCUUUUCAUGUGCUUGACAAUGAAACAUUUUUAUUCUACUUAAGUGUUAACGUGCAUGAACAUACAAUAUAUUGCCUCUCGCUAAUUA